AUCUGUGUUUUCUGUGUCAUUCAUUUGUCGUGCUGCCGCUUCUGACGUGCACCGGCACAUAGAUGAGAUUCGACCUCUGGCAGCUGGCCACUCAUCCUUGGAAGAGGACAGAAACAACUGGGCAGGCAGAGCCAAACUAGCCUGCGAGCCCGCACACUCCGACAAGAGGCAACUGGAACACUCUUGACGCACGGACAGAAGCGCGCCAGCCAAACUCGGACCUGACAGUUCACUUACAUUAAUCCGCACACUACCUGAAGAUGAACAUGGAGCGUAAAAUCCCUGAUUUCUCGGGCACCUGGGAAAUGAAGAGUUCUGAAAACUUCGAGGAACUCUUGAAAGCAUUAGGUGUGAAUGUGAUGCUGCGUAUGAUUGCAGUGAAGGCAGCCUCCAAGCCGCUGGUGGAGAUCACGCAGGAUGGAGAGACGCUGUCCAUUAAAACCUCAACCACAGUCCGUACCACUCAUAUCACCUUUACUGUGGGGCAAGAGUUCAACGAGACCACAGUGGACAGUCGUCCCUGCACGAGUUUUCCACGUUGGGAAACAGACAGUAAGAUCAGCUGUGAACAGACUCUGCAGAAAGGAGAGGGACCAAAGACAUCCUGGACCCGAGAGAUCACCAACGAUGGAAAACUGAUCCUAACCAUGAGAGCAGAUGAUGUGAUUUGCACCAGAGUCUAUGAACGACAAUGAACAAGAGCACUUCCUACUUCCCGUCCUUAUAGCCCAGAUCUCCUGCAUCACCACUUGUGUCACUACUCCCCCAAACCCAGUGAUGGCUGGGAGAUCGCCGUCUAGUUUUAUUUCAGUAUCUCUGUUAUAAGUGUGGUAACUCUAUGUAGCACGUCACAUGUCUACACAGGGCUCUUAGCUUCUCGGUUAUCUGUCUGUCGCUCCAUCAAACAUGACUAGCUCGGCUGUAAACAUGAAAAUGUAUGUUAUGCUGCAUGUUUUUUUUUUGCUUAGUGACAGCUCAUGUAAUUGGUCUUGUGUGAGUCUGCAUGUAUGUACAGUAUGUAUGUGCGAGUGUAUGCGGCAGCAGAGGCGUGAGACUAUAUUUGUAGAUGUGUAAACCAACCUAUGAGCUCUUCCAGCUUCAGGUCAGCUUUGAGGUGUCUGUUCUUUCAGCCCUGCCUUGCAACCUUUUCUACCUUAUGACAAUAUUUUAUAUUUAUUGCUACACUAGAGUCAGAUACAGUACUGCUAAGGUUUUUACUUUGUUUCUUUAAAUGUGAUGAUAGGACACAACACUUUUUAUGGGAAAACAAUAAA